AUCUGAUUCUAGAUGUUUACUCUUCUAACUAUCGGAUUUACAGCAGGCCGUAGGUCCAGGGUGGAUCCGAGGAAUGAAUUUGAAAGAUUACCGUCUCCUCCUGCAUACUCCAGAUCUGAAAAGGUUGAAAUAUUGAACUUUAUUGAUACUAAGAAUAGGGAUGGUUCUUAUACAUUCGGAUUCGAGGCUGAAGAUGGGAGUUACAAGGUGGAAACUAGAUCAGCUUUAGGAGAAGUAUGGGGGAAGUAUGGAUAUAUAGAUCAAAAAGGAAUCCUAAGGGAAUCGACUUACGGAGCAGGGUAUGCGUCUAACCCUAGACUGCAAAAUACAGGUAAAAAAUAUGAAGAUUCAACCGACGGAGCUGAAAAUGAAAUAUAUCGGGACACCUUGGGUUCUGUAGGAGGAUACAAAGCUUAUUCAAUAAACGAGAAGGAUAGGAGGAGAAUGAUCCUCGGAAAAGACGACAUUCCAGCUUCAUCCGACUUUACCAAGAAACCUAAUAUCAAAGAAAAAGAAAUAAUCAAAUCUGAAGUGCAAGAUAGAUUCAAUGCUGAAGCUCAGGCUCCAGACGAAGAUUUGUUGCCAAAAGAAAAGAUGACUCAUGAAGAAAUGGUUAAAUUUAUAAACGGAAGAAGAGCAAUACUGAGGAAACGAGCAAGGAAGACACCUUUGAAAGACAAGAUAGAAACGAAAGACAAACAAAUCAUGGAGAGAAACAUUAAAAUGCACGAGAAGAUUAAAACCAAGCAGAAGGAAUUGAAAGAAAACAACGUGGUGGAAGGAAGAAAAAACGAGAUGGAGGACAAACGAAACAACAAUGUUGGGGUCGGUAGAAAAAACAUCGUGGAUGACAGUGAAGAAAUCAAGGUUAAACAUGAUAAAGGUGUUUUAAAUUCAAGAUUUAAACAUUUCCCUGUGUCUAACCUAGGUUUCAUCAGCACAAGAAAGGAGACAUCUUUUGAACGUCCAAACCAAUAUUCUCAACCAACUACUCUCUCACCAUAUUCAGGAGCUCAACCUGAAAACCAUCUUUCAUCUGAUCAAUUAGUCCUUCCGGAGAACCCUGAUCAAUUAGUCCUUCCCGGGGAUCCAGAUCAAUUAAUCCCGCAUUGGGACACUGAUCAAUUAGUCCUUCAAGGGGACUAUGAUGAACUAAUUCUUAAUGGGAACACUGAUCAAUUAGUUCAUCAAGGGAACCCUGAUAAACUAGCCCUCCAAGGGGACCAAGAUCAAUUAGUCCUUCAAGGGUACCCUAAUCAAUUUGUCCUUCAUGGGGAUCCUGAUCAAUCAGUCCUUCAUGAGAACCCUGAUACACUAAUCCUUAAAGGGCAUCCAAAUCAACCAGUCAUUCAAAGGAAUCCUGAUCAAAUAGUCCUUCAAGGGUACCCUGAUCAAUUAGGUCUACAAGGGAAACCUGAUCAAUUAACCCUUCAAGGGUACCCUGAUCAAUUAGGUCUACAAGGGAAACCUGAUCAAUUAACCCUUCAAGGGUACCCUGAUCAAUUAGGUCCACAAGGGAAACCUGAUCAACUAACCCUUCAAGGGAACCAUGAUCAACGAGUCCUUGAUCAAAUUUCUCUAGAAAAGGAUGACUAUAGAUUGGAAAACGGUGACAACCUGUAUCAACCAAAUACUAGGGAGAAGAACCCCUUGAAUAGAGAUGAAAACUACUCUAAAACAUCUUCAAGGAGUUCUCCCAGCUUAAAACAACCAAUCCAAAAUACAGAGAAAACUACAGAUGACAAUGGCAAUAUAUUGAACAAAAUCAACCUAUUUCGAAAGCUUCCUUCGCAGUAUCCAACCAACCAACUACAGCCAUCUGAAAACCAUUUCCUGGAACCAGCUCUUGAUGACACCAGAAUAACACAUCUCGAACCCGCAAUCGAUUAUGAUAAUUUUGGAACAGAAACAUCAACACAAAAGAAAAAUGUACUUUCUGGUUCUUUUUCUAACCUGCAGCUCCACAAUAAUGAUCAAAAUAACAAGAAACUUAUGGUUUUAGAAGAUUCCUUCAGAAGUACAUCAAGCAGUAGAGAAGUGGAGGAGAGCUUAAAGUUGAUUUCAACAUUUUUACAAGAUAGAGAGAGGGAACAUAGCUUGCCAUUGACCAUUGACCACAAGGGCGUGAUCAGGUUUAUAAGUCCGGAAAACGAAUUGUCUGAACCCCCUUCAGGUCCAACGGAAUACUUUUACACCGACAUCUAUGAUUUCUCUUUACGAAGAACUGAUGAAUCUAAGGAUUUUGAGAUCUACGAGGACUUGACAAAUGAUUUACCCACAAGUUAUCAUUCGUAUGAUGCUGUUCCUCAGCAAGAGAAAGUUAUAGAUCAAAACACAGAGGAUAACCCCGGUGAACAAGAGCCCAACACGCAAUUUGAUCAAGAAGAUCGAGUUGAUCAACGCGCAAAUCAAGAGGAAGAAACUGAGGAUCUAGGAAGAAGCCCAAGAUUCAAUAAAAAGGAGACAAUUAAUAUCAACUUGAAUAGACCAAGAGAUUCAAGACCCUUGGCGCACCAGGAGACAUCUAACCCUGUUCAAAGAGUUCAAAUAUCAAAUAUUGGAAGUGUGUUCACUCAAGCGGGAGAAGUUUUUUUGCCAAAGAAAAAUCCGCAAAUUACUUCUAAGAAAUCUACUUCAACUCUGGGUUGGAAUUGGACAAAUUUUACUCCAGCGCUAGAAACAAAUAAUGACGGAUCGUAUACCCUUUUCACCUUUCUAUAGCGUAUAGCUCUAACAUACUAAACAAUUUAUACUAUGCUCUGUUGUAUCAUUUAUUAAAAAUAAAAUUGCAUUAGAUAAAAUAA